CCUUGUGUCUUCGGAAAUUUACAAUCUUGUCCCAACCUUUGAAAAGCAGGGUUCAUCUUCUUCUAGACGAGUUAUGCAGCUGCCACUUCCAGCUUUGCACCUUAGUGCUGCUACUUCCAUCUCCAUCGCCAUCUCCACUCAACUUUCAGUUCUGACGUCAACUUGAAGUCAUGAACGCAUUCAAGGCAUACAAGGCAUGCGUCCCGAUUGCUUGGAGCCCCAAUAUUUAUAUAACUCUGGUGAGAGGUAUUCCUGGAACCAGGAGGCUCCAUAGACGCACUUUGGAAGCACUACGCCUGCGCAAAUGCAAUCGAACUGUCAUGCGAUGGAACACACCUACUGUUAGGGGAAUGCUCCAGCAGGUCAAGAGGUUGGUUGUUAUCGAGACAGAGGAAAUGUACAAGGCACGCAAACAGAAGGAAGAAGCGCACCAGGCUCUGCGUCCUCCAUUGAUAAUUAGUCAUCAACCAGCUUCAUCAGCUACUGGUUCUUUAUAAUAAGGCUUCUGUUUUUCUUUAGAGAUAUCAUCAUCUUGGUACUUAAACUAUCAAUGUGCAAGUUAAAAGCUUGGUUUUGGUUACCAAGUGAUUCAAUGGAUCAAUCCUUACUCUGAAGAUCAUGUUUUAAUUAUUUAGCUCUAUAGGUGGAAAUUCACAUACAGUUGUCUUCAUGUGAAGUUGCUGGUUAAAAACCAUUAGAUAAUUUGACAUGUUCGACUAAAUUAUUAUAUAACGGCUUUCAACUUUCAACUUCCCAUGAAAAAAACUGCAUAUGAGUGUUCACCGCAAUUUUGUAGUCUUUUUAACAUUAGUCAAAUUCAUGCCUCGUAUGUAUGAAACAUGGCUAGAAAGGGGUUCAAUGGUUUUAUUCAUUUUCUAUA